UGUGAGGGAGGAGUCGCGGGGCUGGAGCUGCUGCCUGAGGAUUACUUCACCGCACUACACUGAACACGCAGAGGACGCGGCGGGAGGAGACGGACAGAGGAUAUUUACGCCUCGUAUUUCGGUUUCCGUGUCUGAGCGGGGAGGUUUUCUCUCAGGAGGAGGAUUUGUUUCAGGAGGAGUAAAAGGAGCCUAACUAGCCUACUUCCCUCUCCAGCCUGAAGAGAUUUGGAGCUCAGCACUUCCAGUGUAAUCUGAAGGACAACUCUCUCUUCUGCUCUCUCUGCCUGGUUGCUUGAUUGAUUCUGUGUGGUGCAAGCUGAUCAGGGAGCACCUUCCAUACUUUUCCUUCAUUUCCAGUGGAUAAGGCAGAAGAUUUCAGACUAAACAGGGUUUCUGAAGAUGUCCAUCUGACUGCUGGUGUUUCCGCUAAAGCUAGUAGCUGGUUUCAGAUUGUCUUUGAUGGCUAAUAGGCCUCAGAAUCAGGAUUUGGACCCAUAAAAAAGGAUGAGAAAGUUCAAUUUCUGACGACACACUAGCGGACAAAAGGUUCGCAGAACAGAUCCUACAGAACUAAAUACGCUGUCGGGUUUUAGAGGAAGACAACAGUGGAGAGAAUGGGACGGAAGAAGAUUCAGAUCACCCGCAUCGUAGAUGAAAGGAACAGACAGGUAACCUUCACCAAGAGGAAGUUUGGUCUGAUGAAGAAGGCCUAUGAGCUGAGUGUGCUGUGUGACUGUGAGAUAGCCCUCAUCAUCUUCAACAGCUCCAAUAAGCUCUUCCAGUAUGCCAGCACAGACAUGGACAAGGUCCUACUGAAGUACACCGAGUACAACGAGCCGCAUGAGAGCAGGACCAACUCAGACAUUGUGGAGGCGCUGAAUAAGAAAGAGCAUCGGGGCUGUGAGAGCCCUGAUCCGGACACGUCCUCAUACAUCCUGACCCCACACACAGAGGAGAAGUACCAAAAGAUCAACGAGGAGUUUGACAACAUGAUGCGGAAUCAUAAAAUUCCGGCUGUCCUGUCCCAGCAGAGCUUCACGCUGCCCGUGGCCGUUCCCGUGGAUGACCCCAGCGCCCUCUCCUACAGCGCGGCCGGGUCGCUGUCCACUCCAGCUCUGCCCUCAGCCUCAGUGUCCCUGAGUGAAGCGGCCAUGCUGUCCCUGUCCUCCAGUACAUUGCACACGUCUCCCAGUGCUUUACUCUCAGGUGGUAUACAUAGUUCCUCAGACUCCACCCCCAAUGGUGUACACCCAAGUUCAGCAGCGAACGGCUUCAUUAUCACUCAGGGAGAGAACGGGAUGGGAAGAGGACUGCAGGCCAAGUCUCCAGCGCCACCUGCAGGCAGCCUCGCGCAAAUGGGCCACAAACCAGAGCUGCGGGUGCUCAUCCCACCAGCCUGUAAAGGUGCUGUACCAGCUUUGCCAGAGGAAGGAGAGGGAGAUUUGAGGAUAAACAGCCCACAGUCCAGCCAAUCAUUGACAACGCCUGUGGUGUCCAUGGCUACGCCCAGCCUGCCACCUCAGGGACUGUCGUACACCGCAAUGACAUCCGCUGCAUACAAUUCAGAUUAUACACUGAACAGUUCAGAGAUCAGUAACUUCAACAGUGGAUUCAAUUUGCCUGAGAGUCUCAGCUUGGCUUCAGGCUCAACCUGGCAACACACUUCAAUGGGACAGUCCGCACCACAGUCAGCGUCUCAGGGAGCCGCCCGUCCCCUCGCUCAGGUCUCCAAGCCCCCCUGCUCUUCUCCAAUCAUCGACAUCAAAGCCGAACCCAUUUCCCCACCCAGAGAGCGUGGGUCCUCCAUGGUCUUCCUCACUCUUCCUCCACCGUCAUCCAGACAGGACUUGGGCCGUUCUCCAGCGGAGAGCCUCAGCUCCUCCUGCAGCUCGUACGAGGGGAGUGACCGCGAGGACCAGCGCAGAGACUCCUCCCACCAGAGCGUCCUGGGCCAGGGCAGACCCCCAUCAGUUCCUGAGGGCAGCGGGAGGCCUUCACUCAAGCGGCUGCGUACAGAUAACUGGGUGACAUAGCGCCCCCUGUGAAGAGUACUAAGUGGAUUCUAAGGAGACAGACACAGGGAGUGGACAGAUGGUCACUAUUUAUUGCAGUUAACAGGACUGUCCUGACCCCUUACUUUAUGUAGCAGAGAAGCUAUCCGGGGCCGUAUCACAGAGAAGCACCAGAAGAUUAUAUCAGUGUUAAGUAAGCUUGUUCCUGAGGGAACACACAGUCUACAGGUAUGAGUGGGAGUUAAUUGACGUCAGCAUUAGCUAAUUAAAAGCUAAUUGUAUGAAAUGUAGGAAGGGUUGAAGGACUUUAAUGAGGAAAUGAAGAUUAGUAUUAUUUACUGUACUUGUAGCGUGACGUCUAGACCCAGUGUUUUAUUAUUAUUAUUAUUACUUUUCUUUUUCAUUAGGGGUGGGUGGGUAUGUGGGUUAGGGGUCUUCUGACUGAAGCAUGAACUUGAGCCAAAUGUUUGUUCUUUUUGUCCAUUUAUUUCUCUACUCAGACUCUGCUCUGUGGUGCUCCAGGACAUUAAUUAAUAUUCAUUGCAAGAACAGCAAUGUUAUUUCUAUAUUAUGUAAUUUAUUCUUGUCAUGUUCUCAUGUUAGCAUUUGGGCACAAUCUCUUUAAUGAAUAAAAGCUAUUGUUAUUUUGGUUGA